AUGUCCGUCUUGACAUUGUCCGUCUUGACAUUGUCCGUCUUGACAUUGUCCGUCUUGACAUUAUACCUCCUUAACACGUUGGUAUUGACGAAGAUGAGCCAACCAUUAGUUACCUUGGGUCAAAAAGGUCUUACCGAGAGUCGGAUAGUGCAUCGUCUUGGGCGAGACAAGAAGGUCGGCUGGAUCAAGACGGUGGUCGGCUGCAAAAGCUUUGCAGCCGAGAGUCGGAUAGUGCAUCAUCUUGGGCGAGACAAGAAGGUCGGCUGGAUCAAGACGGUGGUCGGCUGCAAAAGCUUUGCAGCCGAGAGUCGGAUAGUGCAUCGUCUUGGGCGAGACAAGAAGGUCGGCUGGAUCAAGACGGUGGUCGGCUGCAAAAGCUUUGCAGCCGAGAGUCGGAUAGUGCAUCGUCUUGGGCGAGACAAGAAGGUCGGCUGGAUCAAGACGGUGGUCGGCUGCAAAAGCUUUGCAGCCGAGAGUCGGAUAGUGCAUCGUCUUGGGCGAGACAAGAAGGUCGGCUGGAUCAAGACGGUGGUCGGCUGCAAAAGCUUUCCAGCCGAGAGUCGGAUAGUGCAUCGUCUUGGGCGAGACAAGAAGGUCGGCUGGAUCAAGACGGUGGUCGGCUGCAAAAGCUUUCCAGCCGAGAGUCGGAUAGUGCAUCAUCUUGGGUGA